UUCCGUCUAAUUAAUAUACUACAGGUGGUGUUGUCACUUCUAAUUCAAUAUACUAUACCAAUCUUUGCGAUAAAUAUACACUACUUCUUUUACUUGCGUCAUGGCACAACUCGGAGAAGAAUUGAAAAGACCACAGCACUCGAAACUAUGCAAGCAACUUUGAGAAAAGCCAAGAAUAAUUACGACGGCCAUCUAUCGGCAUUAACUAGUGCCUUGGUCGAGUUCCAAAAAGCACAGUGCUUCUUCGCCGUCACUCUUCAGAUCGCAGCUCUAAUCGUGAUUCCCCCAUACUUCAAUGGCAUGCACGAGCAAGAUCAGAUAUUGCUCAGGCUCACAGCCGCCAAUGGCUUUUCCCCUAUCGUGCUCACACUAGCACAUAUCGAUUUUCUCGGAGGCCGGAAUUCAUGGUAUCUACUUUUCUUGUCUGGGGUUACUUUCACUCUUGGCACGGCAACGUAUUGGUCGACUUCACCAUCGCUAACUGGAGGUCCGAUUAACUGGCAAACGACUUAUCAGAAUCCAAUAGCUCCACUUUCAUCUUGUGGCAAUGUGUCACCGUUUGCUCCGUGUUUUGUCAGGAAUCAGUUCCAGGAUUACAACCUAUGGCCGAAGUUUCAGGGGGUAUCUUGGUAUACGCUGACAGACACGGUUGGCCUUGUAGUCUGGGUCAUCUGCCUUGGGAUAUUCUUAUAUCGUGUUACGUACAAGAUAUGUCAUAUACGCAACAACUGGGAACGAAUAUCGAAACACCUUACGAUACUUCGGACGGAUUAUAAAGCAUCCUUCCAGGCAAUGGUGGCGAAAGUACAAUCUUACAAGCAAGGAGCAAGAAUCGUCUCCGUGUGUGGAAGAUUCUCCGCGACUCUCAGACUCCCACAAAUUUCUGGAACCAUGGCUCAUGUUGCUAGUCAAUCAAAAUCAUGGGACUAUGCUCAACUUGUUCUCGGCUAUCUCGGUCUCAUAGCACAGCUGAUAUCUGUCAUCAUCGUGCUCGCAUCGUCGACCAGUUUGAUAGCUACGCAAAUGACUUUUGGCCAGAUAGUCGCCGUGGGUAUAUGGGUUCCUGUCUUUCUUGAGUACGCGUAUUUGGAGAUAAGUAAGCAGAUUCUUCUACGAGCGGGAGAGUGGAUGUACUGACAAGCAAUCUAGAUGGCGUGGAAGAAGGAACAGAGUAUCGUCUCAAAACCCCUCUUGUUGUGUCUCAACCUGCGAAUGCUACCGUUGGAGGUGUAAAAACUAUUACGGCAAGUGCUCAAGCAGCUGGAGCACUUCCUGCAUCAACACAAUCACCAGUUUCGGGGGCGAUUUCUCCAUGAGAAAGUAUUCUUUUCUGGAUAGUGGCAGGUAUAUCUAUAUUGUAGAAUGAAUU